GCAAGACCGGCCGCAAGACGGAGAGCGCGCGGCAGCCGGGGCCCGUGCUGCGCGCCGCGGGGCGGACCGCGGUCCCCCCGAGGCGGCGCUGGGUCCCGCCAUCCUCGCUGCGGCACCACGAUGUGCCCGACGGCGACGCCAAGCACGACAUCAUCUUCCGGAAGGUGCGCGGCAUACUUAACAAACUAACUCCGGAAAAAUUCCAAAAACUCAGCGAUGAUUUGCUCGGGUUGGAACUGGACUCUGAUAAGGUCCUCAAGGGCGUGAUCCUUCUGAUCUUCGAGAAGGCGCUGGACGAGCCCAAGUAUUCGUCCAUGUACGCGCAGCUGUGCAAGCGGCUCAGCGAGGAGGCUCCCAACUUCGAGCCGCCGGGCCAGCCCUGCACCUUCAAACUGCUGCUGCUCAACAAGUGCCGCACCGAGUUUGAGAACAGAGCUCAAGCUUUUGCGGCAUUCGAUGAUAAAACUUUAACUGCCGAAGAAGAGGAAAAGCGGCAUCUCGCCAAGUGCAAGAUGCUCGGCAAUAUAAAAUUUAUCGGUGAACUCGGCAAGCUGGAGAUCCUGGCCGAGUCCAUUCUCCACCGCUGCAUACAGAACCUGCUGGCGCGGCGCGCGGCCGCCGAGCACCACGAGGACCUGGAGUGCCUGGCGCAGCUCGUGCGCACGUGCGGCCGCGUGCUCGACUCGGAGCGCGGCCGCGGCCUCAUGGACCAGUACUUCGCGCGCAUCGAGACGCUGUCCGCGUCGCGCGAGCUGGCGCCGCGCAUCCGCUUCAUGCUGCGCGACGUGGUGGAGCUGCGGCGCAGCGGCUGGAUGCCGCGCACGGCCGUGUCGGCCGAGGGGCCCGUGCCCAUCCACCAGCUGCGCUCGGACGAGUCGCCGCCGCCGCGGCGCGAGCGCGAGCGCGAGCGCGACCGGGAGCGCGAGCGCGACUCGCUGUUCCGCGGCGGGCUGCGCGCGCGCCCGCUGGACGACGUGCUGGCGGGCCUGUCGCUGCAGCCGGCCGCGCCGCUCGUGCCCUCGUCCGACAAGCUGUUCGGCAACGGGUUCCCGCGCGACGCCUUCCGCCAGCGCUCGGCGCCCACCUACUUCCCGCGCUCGCACUACAAGCAGGGCGCCAACGGCAAGGAGCGGCCCAGCAAGGCGCGCGUGCCCGUGGCGCCGGGCGGCCUGGAGAACGUGCAGAUGCGCCCGGCCGCCAACUCGCUCAUGUUCACGGCCUCCAACCGCCUCAACAAGCCGCAGCCGCAGCCCAUGCCGCUCGCCCCUCAAGCGCAGAGCGUACUGCCGGCGUCGUUCGCGAACGCGGCGCCGCUGCUGAAGGAGCCGGCCAUCACCAUCAAGCCGGCGCCCGACAAGCGAGACAAGCCCAAGAAGGAUAAGGGGCCGAACAAGGAGGAGGCGUGCCGGCUGGCCGUGGAGGCGGUCGGCGAGCUGGCGGCCGGCGCCGGCGAGGAGAGCAGCGAGGCGCUGCGGCGCCUGCGCGAGCUCAACCUGCCCGACAAGCUGCUGCGGCGCGUGAUCGCCGCCGUGCUGGAGCACGCGCUGGCGGGCGACGCGCGCGAGCCCCGGCCGGCCGCCGCGUGCGCCGUGGUGCGCGCCGUCAAGCGCGCGCCCGUGGGCGACGCGCUGCGGGCGCUGCUGGGCGCCGCCGCCGCGCCGCGCCUGGCGCCGCUGCUGGCGCACGCCGUGGCCGCGCGCCUGCUGCCGCUGGCCGACGUGGGCGCCUGGUGCGAGGGCGGCCACCACCACCCGCUGCUGCUCGAGGUGCUGCAGGCGCUGCGCGACGUCGUCGGCGCCGACAAGCUGCACCAGCUCUACAACGAGAGCAAGGUACCGCUGUGCGCACAAGACACCCGCCACUCGAGUUCGUUUGCCACCACUGAGAUCUUGACGACAAUAAAAACCCGCCAUGUCGAUAAGGACAGAAAAGCAAGCUACUAUUUCACGGUUUUCUAUUGAGAGUGUGGUACUUCCUCUGAGCGAGCUGGCCCGAUUCGUGCCGAAUCGUGUUCAACUC